UUUACUAACUGGCAACACAAAUAAGUAGCCGGGUGGCGGAUCGACUGCCAGCAGCCGUUUAUGUUCAAAAAUUCAAAUUGUUCCGAGAAGUGUGAGUUGGCUAUUGUAAAUUCUGUGAUAAUUUUUAAUUUUUAUUCCCUUAAAUCAUGGCUGAAAGAACUUCAUCCAGAUUAGCAUCGUACAAGAAUGCUGGCCAUGGAACUACUGAACUCCGCCGCAAACGCGCGGAACUCAGCGUAGCUCUGCGCAAGCAAGCUCGAGAUGAGCAGCUCCUCAAGCGCAGGGCACUCUCCCCUGAGGCAGGGGACGAGAUUGAGCCUGAAAAGCCAGUGUCUCCUGCUGAUAUUGUACAAGGUCUCAAAUCCAAUGACCUACCAACGAAGACGCUAUCAGCGCGCGCCGCUCGCCGCAUGCUCUCCCGGGAACAGAACCCGCCCAUCACAGUCAUGGUGGAGGCUGGAGUCAUCAAGCCAUUGGUAGAAGCUCUAGAUAGAGAUGAUUGUUCGGAUCUUCAGUUUGAAGCAGCAUGGGCGCUGACCAACAUAGCAUCAGGGACUCACGACCACACAAUGUCUGUAGUAGAUGGUGGGGCAGUGCCCAAACUGAUCACACUCCUCGCCCGCGGCGGGGUAGUGGGCGAGCAGAGUGCUUGGGCGCUGGGGAACAUCGCGGGCGAUGGACCCGGGACCCGCGACCUGGUGUUGGACGCGGGCGUGCUGCCAGCGCUGCUGCCGCUGCUCACGACCACCACGCCCGCCAGCCAACUGCGCACUGCCGUGUGGACCUAUAGCAACCUCUGCAGAAACAAGAAUCCAUUAGUGAAAUUCGACAUGGUGGCGCCAGCUUUGCCGUAUGUGUCUGAGCUUUUGGAGACAGCUGACCAUGAUGUAUUGGCUGAUGCCUGCUGGGCUCUCUCGUACCUGACUGAUGGCCCUAACGACCGCAUCGAGGCGGUGCAGGCGACGCCCAAGCUCCUCAUGCGACUGGUAAAGCUUCUGGAGCACAAUUCUCCUGCUGUGAGGACACCAGCUUUGAGGUCCAUCGGGAACAUGCUCACUGGCUCUGAUGAACAGACUGAUCGCUGUCUGGACGCGGGCUGCCUGGAGCACAUAAUGACGCUCCUGCGCUGCGGGAAGCCGUCUCUGAUGAAGGAGGCGGCGUGGGCGGCCAGCAACGUGCUCGCGGGCACGCAGCCGCAGAUACAGCGCGCGGUAGACGCCGGCUUGCUGCCCCAUCUGUGUCAUGUUAUCACUAGCAAGGAUAUUAAGUGUCAAAAAGAAGCAGCAUGGGCUGUAACAAAUCUCUGUUUGGGUGGAACGCGUCAGCAACUGGACGCUCUGUUUAGCAGUGGUAUACUGCAACCGUACUGCGCGCUGUUGCACGCACGUGACACCCGCGCCGUCACCGUCGUUCUGGACGGUAUUACGCACUUAUUGCAGGCGGCAGCUAAAUUCGGUCACUUGGAAGCAAUGUGCCUCAAAUUGGAAGAGAUUGGUGCUUUAGAUCAAAUCGAAAAUCUACAGCAGCAUGAGAAUGAACAGGUAUAUAGAAAAACUCUUCACAUAUUAGACACAUAUUUCGCCGAACAAGAGGAUGCGACUGCCCAACCUGAACAGACUGAGGAAGAAUAUCAGUUCGGCAUUAAUGCUAACCCAAAUAUUAACUUUUAAUGGUGUAACUCCAGAAUAGGCCCUACCUUCGACUAUUUGUACUGAGUUGUAGGUCUGUUAUUCAUCUAUUUCUGUAUGAAAGCAGAGCCUGAAUCUUUGUAGGCCAAGAUUUAAUAGUUUAGUCACACAGUAAUAAUUUAAUUAAAAGCCUCGAAAAGAGUUAUUGUUCAUGGACACACUCCAAAAGAUAACGACAGGUACUUAGGCUUGUCAAUAAAAAAUUAUAAAUCAUUAGAAAUCAUGAUAACAAAAUAUAAUUUUCUCUUUAGUAUUAAUUUAGGACUAAGAGCCUGCCACAGAUAAUGUUACACAAAUAAUUGUAAUAUCAAGCUGGUCUUGAAAUUAAAGAGAUAUAAAACUAUGGAAUAAUUAAUUAUUAUUACAUGUACAUUACUUUGGCUUCUAUUUCUAAUGUCAGGCCACUGAACUAAGUAAUACGUGUUGGUCCAAGUUUUAUCUCUGACUGAUUUGUGAUACUUGUUGCCUUCUAAUUUUUUAAUAAACAUGUUUAUUUUU